AGACAUUUGAUCAGUUUUUUGACAGUCGGUUGGCAGUGACAGCAGCAUGGCUGCCACAGUCCUGGCGUCCCCAUCGCCGGCACGUGCGCGUGCCUUCGACUUUGACUACCGGUCCCCAGCACGGGUUGAAGGCUCCCCGUUGCCUUGUCGGACUGGAUGCACAGACAAGCUGGAAGAGGUGUGUGCAACAUCACAGAUGAGAGUGAAGCAGUGGCGAAAGGAGCGAAGCCAAGCUAUGAGCGCCAUAGCACAGCGAGGGCUGCAGGAGAUCUUGAAGGAAGAAGACGUUCUGGAAGACCUGCAGGCAGAUCUUGCCACGGUCGAGGAGCUCACAGAGGCAGCCCGAGGCUUUCGUGAAGAAGGAGCGCAGUUGGGAGAGGCCGUGCUUCAAUGCAUGAAGUCGGCUGGCGACCGAGCAGAGGUGGUCACAAAAGCAAAAGAGAUUCUGCGCAGUGCAAAGGCAGACUAUCAGAAGGAGCUUGAAGCAGAAGAGCAGAGAUUUGCAGAGCAGAAAGAGGCUUCCAGACUCCAGCAUCUGAAGAUUGAAGCUUUCUUGCAACGGUACAGCUGCUGCUUGGGCUUGGAGAUCACCCGCGUUUGUGCGCAGACCAUUCGAUUGUGCUUCACGUUGAUUGACAAGGCAGACACCAGCAGGGAGUUCACUCUGGUGCUGGGCCUCUCCAAAGAGGGCUAUGUGGCUUCGAACUGCAACCCGGAGGUGCCAGAGCUUCCUGAACUGCUCGAACGUCUCAACGAGGAUUCCACCAAUGUCGCAGCGGUCCCAAGAUUUGUAUGUGGCUUGCGCCGGGCAUUUGCUCGCAUUGCAGCUUGAACGCUCCAUGAGUGAGGACGACGCUUAAGGAAUGUCUCGCAGCAACAUCAUCAAAAAACAUCCUCGUGCUGAGACUUUUUGUGACAAUUUGUGACCCUGUAGAAGCAGGCUUUUACUUGACAGUCAGGCUUUCAAUGGGUGGUUGCGAGGUUGGUGAGAUCCCAUUCUGAAGAUUCAGCCAGGAUGAUGUUCUGAGAGCUCCGGUCCCCGAGACCGAGACGGAUUUUUUGUGAAUUCACGCUUUCCUGAGUUUCACGGCUUGUCCCAGACCACUCUGAGCAAAUUUCUCCAGGCAAUUGGUCUCAGAUCUUGUUUGUUGUUUUUGGAGACGUUGUGCACAUUCGGUUUGUAUAUUAAUUUGCAAAGCUCCCUGCUGCAUUAAUUCGACCAUUGAACCAACAUCAGUUGUGAAAAGAAGA